AUGGGGUCAUUAUUAACUCGUUGUAGCAAAUCCCCUCAAGAAGCUAAUGAAGAUUCUGUUGAAAAAUCGCUUAUAACAACCAAAAUCAAGAAAAGUGAAGUAGAGCAUUUUAAGAGGGACAAAAAUCUACAAAAAUUAAUAGCUGGGGCUCAUCCUGAGGAAGUUGGAGGGAUUAGUGCUUAUUUACUACAACAUAUGAAUAGGUGUAACUUAAAAAUUUUUAAUGACUAUGGGGAAUUUUGA